GCGGGGCGCGGGCGUCGGGAACGCGCUUGCUCGGUCGCUCGCGCAGCCGCGGAGACUCCGUGGAAACCAGGCGAGCGAGGGCGCAACGCGGGAAGCAUGAGGAAAGGGGCUGCCUGCGAGCGGAAACCCGCGUGGAUGCCGACGGGGAAGGCGGGAGCACAAAAUGGAUUUCUUAUGGAAAUAUGUGUAGAUUCAGUGGAGUCGGCUGUGAAUGCAGAGAGAGGAGGUGCUGGUCGGAUUGAAUUAUGUUCUGGUUUACUAGAGGGAGGAACCACACCCAGCAUGGGUAUUCUUCAAGUAGUAAAACAAAGUGUCCAGAUUCCAGUUUUUGUGAUGAUUCGACCACGGGGAGGUGAUUUUUUAUAUUCAGAUCGUGAAGUUGAAGUGAUGAAGACUGACAUUCGUCUUGCCAAGCUUUAUGGUGCUGAUGGUUUGGUAUUUGGGGCAUUGACUGAAGAUGGAAACGUUGACAAAGAGUUAUGCAUGUCUCUUUUGGCUCUUAGCCGUCCUCUGCCAGUCACUUUUCACCGAGCCUUUGAUAUGGUUCAUGAUCCAAUGGCAGCUCUGGAGACCCUCUUAACCUUGGGAUUUGAACGCGUUUUGACCAGUGGAUGUGACAGUUCAGCACUGGAAGGACUGCCUCUAAUAAAGCAGCUCAUAGAUGAGGCCAAAGGCAGGAUUGUGGUGAUGCCAGGAGGUGGCAUAACAGAUAAAAAUCUGCAAAGGAUCCUUGAGGGAUCAGGUGCUACAGAAUUCCACUGUUCCGCUCGGUCUUCUAGAGACUCAGGAAUGAAGUUUCGAAAUUCCUCUGUUGCAAUGGGAGCUUCACUUGCUCAUUCAGAAUAUUCUCUAAAGGUAACAGAUGUGGCCAAAGUAAGGACUUUGAAUGCUAUUGCAAAGGAUGUCCUCGUCUAGUCAGCCCUCCUCUGGGAGACGCGGCUACCAGACUGUGCGGGCAGGGGUAGAGCCUUCAGUUCCCCACGUGGCCGUGGGGACGUUUCUAAGAAGACAAAACUGGAAUGACAAUGCAGUCAUUUAUUUUUUGCUAGUCAUUUCUGUCAUUGUGCCUAAAUUGGUCUGUGCUUCUUCCAUGGAGAAAGACUUAGUCAGUUUUCAAUGGAAUUAACUGAUAAACUGGCAAAGUUCAGCUACAAGGUUUGAAAUCAGAGUUUGGGUUAGGAUCAGUUAGUACCACUUUUUUGCCUUUUCAUUUGUAAAAUAAAAAUUCUCAUUCUAUUGUG